AUGUUAAAAAGCUACGAAAAGGAAAAGCAAAAAGAAGAAUGCAGGCAAAGAGUAGUACUCGGCGAGUUGAACGAUAAUCACAAUAACGGUAAGAACAUGUUCUCCGAUCCAAUGCCGAGCCCGUCGUCGAGUUCAAAAUACACAAACAUGCAAAAUCAGAAAAGCUUAAGAUGGAGAUCGCCCUUAGUAUCUCCCGCAGCGAACCAGAAAGCCAGAAAUGCGGAAAACUCAACGCAAUACCACUAUGGAUAUAAAACCCAACCGAAGCAAUUCAAUGCGAAACCCGCGGAGAACACCCCAUGGAAGCGCAUCCAAAAAACCCCCAUGAAACAGCAACCCACCAAACGCCCCAAGCUCAACGUCUCCCAAUUCCCCCUCAGCGACAAGGAAUUCGAGCAAUCCGAGGAAAAGCCGAUCUACGCCGAAUCCAAAGACCAAUCCUUCGUCCACCACACUCCCAAGAGCGCCAUAGACUAUUACUCGCAAUUGCUCUCCCUCCAGAACGUCAAAGAGGAAACCAGCGAAAAAUUCGACGCCUCCUUGCCCGACUUGAACAUCUCCGGCGAAUCCUCGUCGUACGCGCAAAGAGAACCGGUAAUUCUAUCGCAAAACAAACCGCUGAGCGGCGAAAACCCGUACGAAUCCCGCCAAUAUCCCCGCAACGAUCCACCCGUGUUCCACAAGGCGUUCGAAAAAUCGAACGCCGAUAAAAUCGGUAUGCACUAUUCGAACUACGUGGAUCCGGUGCCGAUCGAGCGCCAUCCUACAUACGGGGAAUACAUCCCCAUGCGGUACGUUUACCCCAAGGAGGCGGUGAGGAGGAACUUACCGCCGUUGGCACCUCCCGGUUACGAGGACUACGGGAAUUUCAGAUACCCCAUAGAUUACAGAGAAAUGCGGCCGUUCUUGCCAGUAACUCCACGUCAUGUCUCUAUGCCUGAGGUAGAGUACAGGCACCGCGUUCCCGUGAGAAAUCCUCCAAUGUGGAAUCCUUAUUUGUAUAAUCCACAAGAUGAUUUGAACGCUUCGUUUUUGGCGAGGAAUCCCGCUUACAGGCAGCAAAAUUAUCCUGCGUACCCGCCUGAUGUUUUCGAUCCUGAGAAGUACCGUGGAGAACAAACUCGUUUUUAUCAAGACGUAGGUAUCAAUCAGUUUCCAGUCGAUAAGGAAUACGUAAUGAGAAAGUAUCUGCAUUCGAUCAGCUACGAGUAG